AUGUCCACCUCGUCCCCGACCUCCUCGCCUCCUUCCGCCGCCGCCGCCGCCGCCGACGGCGGCGGCGGGGCCCGCUGCAUCUCGCCGCCGUCCUCCCGGAGGAAGGGAUCCCCCAACCGCAGCGGCGGAGUCGCCCGCAAGAGUCCGGGCUCAAGAGAAUGUGGAAGCUCCAUUUUGAAAUCUGUGAAUAAGUCGACAUCCCAGUUCAAGAAAUCUCUUAUUCGCAGAAGUGGUUCAUCUAAUGAUUGGAUCCCCAGGAAGAAGACUGAAUCAUACUUGAAGAGAAAGAUAAAGCAUCUUCAGGAGACUGCUGGUAUGACCGCAUCCCUGCAUGAUACUCUUGGAAAUGCAAAUCCUCACUAUACUAGGAUGGCAAGGGAGAAAAUUGCAGCUAGAGAAGCAGCCAGCAAGGCAAUGGAAGCUCGCAAAACUGCUAUGGUUGAGGCUUCAUGGUGUAGAAUUCUUCAGGCUGCCAGGAUCCAAAACAAAGAAGCUGAAGAACUUAUGGAAAAGGCAAAGUUGCAUGCGACUGAAGCAUUUGAAAAAGCUAGAGUGUUAGGUGUCAUGAUGUAUGACAGACCAGACUGCCCAAAUCAGCAGUAUGAGGUAGAAUCCUCAGCACAAACUGGAGAAAGAUCAACUCACAAGGUUACAACUUCCUUUCAAACUGGUUUUGAGGUUGAUAUGGAGGUUGCUGCUGCAUUGAAGAAGGCAUUUGUUAAACUUGCAAACUCUCCUGAUUCGUCAAACCAAGAAGAGUUCAAGGAGCUACUAUGGAAAAUUAGCCAAAAUCCGGAUGCCAUUGAUACUGAUGUGAAUUCUGAAGCUGAACGGCAGCUGGGUGACUGUAACAAUGAAGAAACAAAUGAUUUUAAACUCAAUACCAAAACCUUCAGAACCAGCACCAUUCCAUCUGAUUUCAACACCGCUAAUCUAGAACAACCCUCUGAUCUUGUGAACAUUAUGCUUGCAAGGAUAAAAGCUCUUCAUGAAGACGAGCUUGCCUCUUUGGCGGUCAUUGUUGCAACAUCUGGCCUAAAUGCAGCCCUUCAAAAUGAUAAGGGUAACUACCAUGAAAUGAAGCCCGUGAACUAUACUGCCGCUGGAUCACACAGAUCACAGUCAAGAAGGUAUUCCACUGCAGCCAGCUUUAUUGAUAUGCAAGGACCGAAAGAAGUCUCGUCUGAUUUACCUAGUCUGGACAAGUUCUUGGUCAAGCAUCUUUCCAAACUCGAAAGGGAAGUUAAGGAAGCAAAAGAAGCAGGCAGAAAAGUCGCUUCAGUAAAACCUGUUGCACAGGAUAUUCAGAGCCAACUUACAGGGGACAACGCUAAUGCACUAGAAUCUGCUUCUGACCUGGGCAGCAUUCUUGUAAAGAAUGUGUCUAGGCUUGAGAAGGAGAUAUUGGAAGCCAAGAAGAGCAACGGGCGCAUUGAUUCUUCUGAAGGAAGCUACAAAGGUGUGCAAGCCAGCACCGAAGAAUCUGGAUACCAGAAAGCUCAGCCUGAAAUCUUGUGUGACAGCGAUUUAAAGAUGAAUUGUGAUUCCAGGGGAUCAGGUGAAGAAAGCAAUUGCAUCCAAGCCUGUCCUGUUUCUUCACAAGAAGACAAAGAGAACAAAAUUUUAAUUUCACACCGGCUACCACCCUUAGGUGCAAAGGGUAACAAGGGCGGUAAAAGAUUGACUCGAAUUGAAGCUGCAAAGCUUGAAGCACUUAAAAGUUUCUGUACUAAGGAUGACAGUGCAUUAGAUUUUGGCCUCGAUAAGGUGUUUGUUAAGCCAGUCAAUAGAUUGGAGAUGGAAAAGAAGAAAUCAAUCGAACAAGGACAAAGCAACAUGCAGAAAGAUCCGCAGAAGGAUUGUCACAACACAACUGUGAGUUUAGAUGAGAUUGUAGUGAAGCGCAUACCCAGACUGGAAAGGGAGAAAAUGGAAUAUGAGAAGAGGAAUGCCUUGGGAGAAGGACAGAGGGUCGUGUCAAAUGAUCAGCGGAAGUAUGGUAACAAUGCCACAUCAUCCGAAAGUCUGGAUCAAGUCUUAGUAAAACGUGUCAGUCGACUAGAAAGGGAGAAGAUGGAAUAUGUAAAGAGGAACACGUUGGCAGAAGCAAAGACUGGUGUGCAGACUGAUAAGGAAAAGCAUGGCAACAACGACAAAGCAUCUCAUAGUCUAGAUAAGAUCUUAGUUAAACAUGUCUCCAGGCUUGAAGAGGAGAAGAUGGAGCAUGAAAAGAAGGGUAAUAGUGAUACACUCUUGGUAAUGAAGAGUGAUACACAGUAUGCAGAUGGAGCAGCUGGAGGUCUGGCUGACAUCUUUGUCAGGCGCCCAACGAAGCUUGAGCAAGUCAAGCAGGAGGCUGCUGCUGCUGAAGAAAAUUCGAUAAGUACCUUCAACCCAGCUGAAGAGCGCAGAAGAAGAAGGGAGAAGGAGCUUCUCGAUUCAUGGGGAGGAGAGGGGCUGGGGAGCUCAGUGAAGCCGCAUCUCUCCAAGUCCAAGGUUGAGAGUGAGAAGGUAACAGGAGUGCAGAUUGAUCAGAAAAAGCAUGGUAACAACGACAAAGCAUCUGAUAGUUUAGAUCAGAUAUUAGUUAAACAUGUCUCCAGUCUUGAAAAGGAGAAGAUGGAGCAUGAAAAGAAGGGUGAUGGUGAUACACUUUUGGUAAAGAAAAGUGAUGCACAAUAUGCAGAUGGAGCAGCCGGAAGUCUGGCUGACAUCUUUGUAAGGCGUCCAACGAAACUUGAGCAAGCCAAGCAGGAGGCUGCUGCUGCUGAAGAAAGUGCAACACGCAUCUUAAACCCCGCUGAAGAGCGCAGAAGAGCAAGGGAGAAGAAACUUCUGGAUGCAUGGGGAGGUGAGGGGCUGGGGAGCUCGGUGAAACCCCGUCUCUCCAAGGUUGAGACUGAGAAGGCCGCAUGCAGAAAAUCAGAGGGGGAAUGGAAGCAGGAGCGCAGAAGAGCAAGGGAGAAAGAGCUUCUUGAUGCAUGGGGAGGAGAGGGGCUUGGGAGCUCGGUGAAGCCACAUCUCUCCAAGAUCGAGAGAGACAAGGCUGCAUGGAGAAAAUUAGAGGAAGACCAGAAACAGUGA